CUGGCGGCCAAGUCCGCCGCCCCUCCGCCUAUUCUCCUCUCUUUUCCUCCGCCGAAAUUCCCAAAUCAUGAAUAAAGAAGCACCGCUCUCGAUCGCGGAGCGCGACUUCAUCCUCAAUGCGCUGCGCGAGGAUGUACGGCUGGACGGUCGCGCCGCGGAUGAGUUGCGUCCGUUGAAGGUGACCUUCGGGGAGGAGUACGGGCAUGUGAAGGUGCAGCUUGGUCGGACGAGUCUAGUGACACGCAUCUCAGCCGAAGUGACGAAACCGCACGACGACCGGCCGUUCGAUGGGCUUUUCACGAUCGCGAUGGAGCUUACGGCGAUGGGGUCGCCCGCCUGGGAUAAUGGACGACAAGGCGACCUCGAAACGUACGUGACCAACGUCCUGGACCGGGUGAUCCGCCACUCCAACGCGCUGGACACGGAAUCGCUGUGCAUCGUCAAGGGGGUGAGCUGCUGGAGCAUCCGGGCGGACGUGCACAUCACCGACUACGACGGCAACCUGAUCGAUGCGGCGUGCGCGGGCAUCAUGGCGGGGCUGCAGCACUUCCGGCGCCCGGACGCCGUGGUCAAGGACGGCCAGGUGAUCGUCUACGGGGUGGACGAGCGGGUGCCCGUCGCGCUGAACAUCACGCACAAGCCGCUCGCGGUGACCUUCCACUCCUUCGACGAGGGCAAGCGCGUGAUCCUCGACGCCACCCGGCGCGAGGAGCAGGCCGCCGAGGCCGACGUCGUCUUCGGGCUCAACAAUGCCGGCGACGUCUGCUUCAUGUCCAAGUUCUCCGGCUCGCCGGUCGACGCCAUGGUCUUCGUCAACAAGACCUCCGUCGCCCUGGACAAGGUUAAGGAGAUCAAUGCCGUCAUCGACAAGGCGCUGCAGGCGGAUCUGGCUAAGCGCGCGAAGACGGGCAGGGCCGAGGAGUCGCGGGCGGAGAAUGAUCGGUGAUCUACCUUCAGGUCGGGGUGGCUUUGGCGGGGUUUUGCUAGGUUUUACUAGAGAUGUCAUGCAUAUUACCAGGAGUCUAAUGGUUUUGAAAGACG